GGCAAGCUAGCUUUCUAAGGCUGCUGUAUACGCCGAACAACACCUCUAUAUUUACUGCCUCAACUGUCCGUACCAACGAUACACAUCACCUCGCCAGCUAUGCCACUACCAUACGUACCAAACAUCCCUUUCUUCAUGCAUUGCCUCGUCGAGACGGCCGCCUCCGUCAACUUCAUCUUCAACCCCGAGCAGCUCCCCUCCGAUACUCUCCAGACCAGUGCAAUCAGCCUCUAUUAUGUCACUCUCCUCUCCGUUUCUGUCGCGAUUAGUUCAAUAUUUGCCUCCUGCCCUAUUGAUCGCAUCAGCGGAAGGGUCGCUGGAGCUUUGAGUUGGUAUCAUCUUGCCGUGUUGUACAUUACCAUCUUAAAGUUAGUGUAUGGGGAUGAUGAGUAUGGGCAAAGGUUGGGAGGGCCCUGGGUACACUUGAUAGCGCAUGGGGCUUGUUGGCUGUCCUUGGUUGAGCUCUGGCUACGAGGGGGAGAGUGACAAUAAGAUGAUGAGCUGUCUUCGACCUUCACCUGAAGUCGAGGAAUUGACGGCAUUUGGUUCACUGUUCAACGAAUUUCUGCC